AUGAGCUCUCAACCGCAAGAUAUAGUAAAGGAGAUGGCAAAUUCUCUUCGUAACAGCAGAUCACAAUUGGAUAUGACGCUUGCACAACUGGAACAACUACAGAGGCAAAAAAAGAUUGCUAAGUUGACUGAAAAGGAAUUGGGAAAUUAUGGAAAUGAGCAAGUGUGGAGAUCUUGUGGUAAGAUGUUCAUCCGUCAAGAGAAGCAAGCCUACACUGCUGAUUUAAACCAUGAUGAAAGAAUAUUGGACGAACAGAUAAAGGCAUUGGAACAAAAGAGACAUUACCUACAGACCACAGUCGAUAACACGGUAGAGAGUUUGAGAAGAGUCAUUGGAAAUUAA